AUGUCGAGCCGCUGCGCCGUCAUGUCGCCCGAGGAACCCGCCCAGGCGACGGCGCCAGCCGUCCAAGCACAGCCCGACGCGUCCGUCAGCAACGCCCUCGCCAAGCUCGCCAUCGCCGAGCGCCCGGACGACGCGUGGGACCUGUCGCCCACUGCACCGCCCGGCACCCGCGUCCAGAGGAACUUCUCGAUGGACCUGGUCGACCGCUCCCAGGAGGUGACGGUCAUCAUGUCGGUGCCCAUCCCCGGCACCGACCGCGAGCGGCGCAUCAGCAUCAACGCCUUCGCGAACGAGCGCAUCGCCGACAUCAAGGCGCGCGUCUCCAACCUCGAGGCCUUCCCCGUCGCGUCCGGCCCCGCGAACCUCCUCCUCCUGAACGACCGCGAGCUGCACGACUCGGAGUAUGUCCAGCAGGUGCUCGAGUCGGUGCGCGGGCAGCCCGAGGGCGAGAACGGCGAGCUGCACAUCAUCGUGCGCCUCAGGGACCUCGAGGAGCUCUCCAUCAACACGGACGUCCGCGAGGUCCGCAUGAACGGCCACGUCGGGCGCGGGCUGCUGCCGGGGCCCCCCGCGCCGCAGCCGCAGCCGGCGGGGCCCGAGGCGAUCGUGCCGCGCGCGCGCGCGGCGUCGGCGAUCCCGCAGCCGCCGUCGAUGACGUCGCUGCUCACCGCGGCCGAGCGCACCGCGGGCGGGUCCCCGCGCACGUCGGCCACGGGCCUCGCGCGCCCGCUGCCGCCCGCGCUGCCCGACGGGUCGCUCAGCGAGCGCGCGUCGCGGCCCGAGGCGCUCAGCCUCACGGGCGGCGCGUUCACCGCGCCGAACGCGCUCGCGAUGCGGCGCGUGAACACCGUCGGCGAGGGCCUCCACCGCGCCAACCUGCGCAUGUCGGAGGACACGCUGGUGCACCUGGUGAUGAAGCGGUCGGUGAACAAGGAGCUGGAGCCGCGCGAGGACGGCGCGGGGACGUUCAUCAUCACCGCGAGCGACACGCGCGAGGACAUCAGCGAGAAGAUCCGCAACGCCGCGCGGCACACGGUGAUGAUGAACAGCGAGCUCGGGCGGCCCGGGUGCAAGCGCGAGAGCCGCGUGUCGACCGCGGACGCGCUGAACCGGACGAGCUCGGACGCGGGCGAGGAGUUCGCGCCGCUCGACGCGGACGCCGCGGCGUUCGCCGGGCGCGGGAGCCUGAGCGCCAAGUACGGCAUCGAGGACGUGGUCGAGGCGGUGGAGUCCGGGCCGGUGUCGCCGCCGCCGCACGUGGAGAGCGCGGCGGACCUGCUCGUCGCGGACGUGACGGACGACGAGGGCCACGUGGUCGACGCCCCCGUGCACCCCGCGUCGUGCCCGCUGCCCAUCUCGCCCGCGACCGGCGGCGCGGGGCAGCGCACGACGCUCGCGGCGCACGCGGGCCGCUCGAACGGGUCCGACCAGAUCCUCCCCGUCGUCCCGGAGUCGUUCCGCCAGUCGGGCGCGGCCGGCACGACCCCCCCCCUCGACACCACCCUCCACCCGCUCAACCGCGCGUGGCGCGAGGCGCAGAUGGGCCUCGACUCCGGCUGGCGCCCCGAGCUCACGCCCGCGGGCACGGGCGGGACGUACUUCCUCUCGAACGCGUCGGGGCAGCGCGUGGCGGUGUUCAAGCCCAUGGACGAGGAGCCCAACGCGGAGGCCAACCCCAAGGGCUGGUCGAUGGUGCCGGCGGGCGAGGGCGGCUCCGGGAGCCCGACGCAGGCGCUCCGGCUGGGCCUGGAGGUCGGGCAGGGGGCGCUGCGCGAGGUGGCCGCCUACCUGCUGGACCACAACACGUUCAGCGACGUCCCGGCGACGCACAUGGUGGAGUACGUGAGCCGCGCGAACGGCGGCGGCGGCGGCGGCGCGCUGGUGCGGAAGGUCGGGUCGCUGCAGGAGUACGCGGAGCACGACGGGGACUGCGAGGAGUGGGGCAGCGGCGCGGUGUCGACCGCCGAGGUGCACAAGAUCGCGGUGCUGGACAUGCGCCUCGCGAACACGGACCGCAACGCCAGCAACGUCCUCAUCCGCCGCCUCCCCUCGGGGCAGCAGGAGCUCAUCCCGAUCGACCACGGGUACUGCCUCCCCGCGUGCUUCCAGGACAUCAACUUCGAGUGGGUGUGGUGGCCGCAGGCCGAGCAGCCGUUCGACGACGUGACGCGCGCGUUCGUGGCGACGCUCGACGCGGAGAAGGACCUCCAGCUGCUCAAGGAGGCGCUCGACUGGGACGUCGCCAAGACGCGCCCCGGCGUGGCGCGCGUGAUGCGCGUGUGCACGCACGCGCUGCGCGCCGGCGCCGCCGCGGGGCUCCCGCCCGCCACGAUCGGCGGGUUCAUGUGCCGCGGGUACGCGCGGUCGUCGGAGCUCCCGUCCGACCUGGAGACGCUCCACGUCCAGGCCCUCGAGGCGUGCGGGUUCCGCGCCCCGCCGGCGAAGGGCGACGAGGCCUGCGACAUGGGCCUCGUGGUGCCGGAGCCGGAGUACCUCGCGGCGAUGCUCCCGCUGGUGGACCGGUGGAUGCAGGAGUGCGCGGACGCCUCGAUGAGCACCUCGACCGAGUCGUCGCCCAGCGACCCCAGCCGCACGUGCGUGUUCGGCCCCGAGUGA